UCCCGGAAGCGGCGGCCUUUGGGAUGCACCCGGCAGCGGGGUUGGGCGACGGUUGCUGCUGCUGCUGCUCGGAUUGGCCGCCGGCCGCAAGAGAGGAAGGUGGGCACCGGCGGCGGCGACGGGCUUGUAGGGUGAUGGUGGCCGUCGGGUCAUGCUGCUGAAGCUCCUGCAGAGACAGACCUAUACCUGCCUCUCCCACAGGUAUGGGCCUUGCCUUUGCCUCGGAGGAAUCGUCCUCAUGAUCGUCUCUGCCCUGCAGUUCGGAGAGGUUGUUCUAGAGUGGAGUCGGGACCAGUAUCAUGUUUUGUUUGACUCUUAUAGAGACAACGUUGCUGGGAAAUCAUUUCAGAACAGGCUUUGCUUGCCAAUGCCUAUUGAUGUGGUGUACACCUGGGUGAAUGGCACAGAUGUUGAGCUGAUCAGGGAACUGCAGCAAGUGAGGAAACAGAUGGAGGAAGAACAGAGAAUGAUGAGGGAAAUUCUUGGAAAGAAUACAACUGAACCAACUAAGAAAAGCGAGAAGCAACUGGAGUGUUUACUGACACACUGCAUAAAAGUGCCAAUGCUCAUCUUGGAUCCAGCUUUGUGCAGCAACAUCACUCUUAAGGACCUGCCCUCUGUCUAUCCCCUGCUGAGAUCUGCCAACAAUAUAUUCCUGGUUGCCAAGCCAAAGAACCCUUCCACCAACGUUACUGUAGUUGUUUUUGACAGUUCUAAAGAAGCCGAGGAUGUCCAUUCUCAGAUGUUAAAGGAAAGCAGCAAGCAAGCAGUGUGGAGAGGCUAUUUGACUACAGACAAAGAAGUUCCUGGUUUAGUAAUAAUGCAAGACUUAGUUUUCCUGAAAGGAUUUCCACUUACAUUCAAAGAGACAAAUCAACUAAGAGCAAAACUGCCUGAAAACCUCGCUUCCAAGAUAAAGCAGUUGCAGCUUUAUUCGGAAGCCGGCGUAGCUCUCUUGCAACUGAAUAACCCUAAGGAUUUCCAAGAGCUGAUCAACCAAGCUAAGAAGAACAUGACUAUAGAAGGGAAAGAACUGACGCUUAAUCCUGCUUAUUUAUUAUGGGAUCUCAGUGCCAUCAGCCAGUCUAAACAGGAUGAAGAUGUUUCAGCCAGCCGUUUUGAAGACAAUGAAGAGCUGCGGUAUUCACUGCGGUCAAUAGAGAGGCAUGCUCCCUGGGUACGGCAUAUCUUCAUAGCCACCAACGGACAGAUUCCUUCCUGGCUUAAUUUGGAUAACCCUCGGAUAUCUAUAGUAACUCAUCAGGAGAUAUUUCAGAAUUUGAGUCACCUACCCACUUUUAGUUCUCCUGCCAUUGAAAGCCACAUUCAUCGCAUUUCAGGUCUGUCCCAGAAGUUCAUUUAUUUAAAUGAUGAUGUGAUGUUUGGAAAGGAUGUGUGGCCUGAUGAUUUCUUUAGUCACUCCAAGGGUCAAAAGGUUUACUUGACUUGGCCUGUUCCAAACUGUGCUGAAGGAUGCCCUGGUUCGUGGAUCAAAGAUGGCUACUGUGAUAAAGCCUGUAACAAUUCAGCUUGUGAUUGGGAUGGUGGUGACUGCAUUGGUAGUAGUAUCGGUAACCGUUAUGGUGCAGGUGGUGGAGCUGGUGUCGGUGUUGGGAAUGUUGCUCCCUGGCAGUUUGGGGCAGGAAUAAGUGGAGUUUCUUACUGCAACCAAGGCUGUGCAAACUCAUGGCUGGCUGAUAAAUUCUGCGACCAGGCAUGCAACGUCCUUUCUUGUGGAUUUGAUGCUGGUGACUGUGGACAAGAUCACUUUGAUGAGCUGUACAAAGUGACUCUUCAAAAGAACCAGACUCAUUAUGUCAUUCCAAAAGGCGAAUAUUUGCCCUUUUUCAGUUUUGCUGGAAUAGCUAAGAAAGGGCUUGAUGGCGCCUAUAGUGAUAACCCAAUAAUCCGCCAUGCUUCCAUCGCUAACAAAUGGAAGACCAUCCACCUGAUAAUGCACAGUGCAAUGAAUGCAACUGUGAUCCACUUCAAUCUUACAUUUCAAGGUAAAGCGGAUGAAGAGUUCAAGAUGCAGAUCACCCUGGAAGUUGAUACAAGAGAAGAGCCAAAAGUAAACACAACGUCUACCCAGAAACCUGAAGGUGAUGCAAAAGCUGCAACUUUGGUGCCAGAAGCUGAAAUGAUAUUUGAGGAUAUCCCCGAAGAAGAACGUUUCCCAAGAAUUAGAAGCCACCCAAAUGGCACAACAGAGAAUCUGGACAGGGACAUAGUAAUUCAACUGCUUAACAUUUCUGCCCUUCCGGAAGAUGUGAGGCUGGCCCUACAGAACCUAGAUUUGCAGCUAGCCAUUGGUGACAUCACACAGAAAGGGUACAAUCUGUCUAAGGCGGCUCUCCUGAAAUCCUUAGGGAUGGUACCAGCAGCAACGAGGGCUGCAUUAAACAAUUCCCAGAAGAUAAGGGGAAAGGAAGUAGUUGACGGCUUGGAAAAUGGGAAGAAUCACACGAUUUGGCAGAAACCUGACCAAGAUGCCAGGGAUGGCAGAAGAGAUGUAGAAAGAAGAAUGCAUGAUACUUUCCCACUGGAGUUCAAACACGUAAAUACUACUCCAGUGGCUAUGAAGGUGAACAGCCAUUUCCCGCUAAGACACGGCUCUGUGGUAAAAUCUAAAUCUGUACCUUUAACCCAGAAUACGGGUGAGCGACUUGAAUCUCCAGAGAAAAUCCUAAAUGUCCUUGUACAGAAAGAAGCUCAGAAGACAAAAGAAAUGAGGGAAGGAAAAACUGCAGGGAGAAAAAAGGAAGAGGCGGAUGCCAUGGAGGACGUAGCCGAAAGUCAAGGGUUACCACGAAGGAAAUUGCAGCAUUACACUGGAAAUUACCGAGGCUUUUUGCCGUGGGAGAAACAGAAGUACUUCCAAGACCUUCUUGAUGAAGAAGAAGCGUUAAGGAGGGAAAUGGCUUAUUUCACAGAUAGUAAACUGGUUGGAAGGCAGCUGAAAGACACAUUUGCUGAUUCUCUCAGAUACGUAAACAAGCUUUUAAACAGCAAAUUCGGAUUCACGUCUCGCAAAGUCCCUGCUCAUAUGCCUCACAUGAUUGACAGAAAAGUCAUGCAAGAACUGCAGGAUCUGUUUCCUGCGGAAUUUGACAAGACCUCCUUCCACAAAGUACGGCACUCCGAAGAUAUGCAGUUUGCCUUUUCAUAUUUCUACUAUCUCAUGAGUGCAGUUCAGCCACUGAACAUUUCCCAGGUUUUUGAUGAAGUUGAUACGGAUCGGUCUGGGAUUUUAUCUGACCGGGAGAUUCGUACAUUGGCCACAAGAAUUCAUGAACUCCCUCUAAGCUUGCAGGAUUUGACAGGUCUGGAGCAAAUGCUAAUAAAUUGUUCUAAAUCCCUUCCAUUCAAUAUCACUCGGAUUCACAACAUACCACCAACUCAGGAGGCAUAUUAUGACCCCAAUCUGCCCCCAGUGACAAAAAAUCUGCUAACCAACUGCAAGCUUGUGACUGACAGAAUUCAUAAAACAUAUAAGGACAAAAACAAAUACAGGUUUGAAAUCAUGGGAGAGGAGGAAGUUGCCUUCAAAAUGAUCCGCACCAAUGUUUCUCAUGUAGUCGGACAGCUUGAUGACAUACGAAAAAAUCCCAGAAAAUUUGUUUGCCUCAACGACAACAUUGAUCACAAUCAUAAGGAUGCUCAGACAGUAAAGGCAGUGCUUAGGGAUUUCUAUGAAUCAAUGUUUCCCAUACCAUCCCAAUUUGAGCUGCCCAGAGAGUAUCGGAAUCGUUUUCUUCACACCCAGGAGCUUCAGGAAUGGAGGGCCUACAGAGACAAGCUGAAGUUCUGGACGCAUUGUGUGUUGGUGACAUUGAUUGUGUUCACUGUCACCUCGUUUUUUGCUGAGCAGUUAAUAGCCUUCAAACGAAAGUUCUUUCCAAGGAGAAGGAUUCAAAAAGAAGUUUGCCCUGAAAGAAUGAAGGUCUAGAAGACUUCUGUUGUAAAUCAGUCUACCUCAACAUGUGAUGAGCAUGUACAAUGUUUCGUCUCAGAAGUGUCUUGAUAGUUGUGUGCCGGGCAUGAACAGAAGUGUCACCAUCCAUUACAGCUUUUGUGGCUCUGUGUAUGACACCUAUGCUACUGAACAGCCAGAGAAUUGGGCCCCUAGGAGGAUCGGUGAGGUUCUGGAUCCAGAAGACCCAAAGCCACCAGUGCCCAACCCUAUUUUGUGACUUUAGCACUUGCUACUGCCAGUGCGGGGAAGCUGCUGGUAGUAGCUUUCCAUGUACUUGGCUGAAGCUGGGACCAGUGCAGGCUUGGCAGAGAGGCAAAUAUUCACCAUCCCAACCAUUGCCCAGCUAUAAGCAUAAGAGGGGAUGUUUUAGGAAUGUGCUCUUACAGACAGUGGGAGGAAGGGUUGUGUUGCCAGCUCUCAGACGGUUGCAAUUCACAAACAUAAUUUCCGGAGUGCAUUAUCCUUUUUUAUAAAAAGGGUUACUGAAAGAAACAUAGCUGCAUUUGUUGCAGUAGCUUUUGCCAACUAAAUAAUAAUGUUGGAUAUAGAAUCUUCUGUUAGAUGUGUCCCUGAGCUUGCAUCCCAAGGCAUUAGAUGUGCCAUUGACCGUUCAGUCAGUUAACCUUUCCCUCUAUGUUUUGAACAGUAAAGCACAGCUGUAAACUUGCCUCGUGAGUACAUGGAGGGCGGGAUAUGAACUGACUCCCACAACACUCCAUUGUAACUGCCACAUACACAAUUUG